AUGAUUGGGAGGAGCGCGAGCAUGGAGGAGGGGCGAGCACGGCUGCUGGCAGCUGAUGCAGCACUCACGGAUGCCAUUCUCACGGGCGUGAUCAUGCCCACACCCACCUCCUCUUCCCUGGGCUUCCCCCAGUGCGCGCAGCAUGGCAGCACCGCGACUGCCCAUAAUGGCGGUGGUGGUGGCAUGGUGGGCAGCAGCGUGGAUUGCACUCACAGCAUCAGUGUAGUGUGGCGAUCGGGCGGCGCAGCCUUGACAGCAGCAGCAGCAGCGUGUGCUGCAGAGACAGGGCAGCGUGGCACUCAAUCGACAAGUUCUACUCUCCUUCCUCCUCUUCUACUCUCCUUCCUCCUCUUCUACUCUCCUUGCUCCUCUUCUACUCUCCUUGCUCCUCUUCUACUCUCCUUGCUCCUCUUCUACUCUCCUUGCUCCUCUUCUACUCGCCUUGCUCCUCUUCUACUCUCCUUGCUCCUCUUCUACUCUCCUUGCUCCUCUUCUACUCUCCUUGCUGCUCUUUUACUCUCCUUGCUCCUCUUCUACUCUCCUUGCUCCUCUUCUACUCUCCUUGCUCCUCUUCUACUCUCCUUGCUCCUCUUCUACUCUCCUUGCUCCUAUUCUACUGUCGUUUCUCCUCUUCUACUCUCCUUGCUCCUCUUCUACUCUCCUUGCUCCUCUUCUACUCUCAUUGCUCCUCUUCUACUCUCAUUGCUCCACUUCUACUCUCAUUGCUCCUCUUCUACUCUCAUUGCUCCUCUUCUACUCUCAUUGCUCCUCUUCUACUCUCCUUACUCCUCUUCUAAUCUCCUUGCUCCUCCAGGGCUUUCUCUUGUUCCAAUGCGCCACAAUGCCCAUUUUUUCUCUGCACCCAUCUCCCCACCACCCUCCCUCACCCCUCUUCCCCAACCCUCUCCCCCACCCCUCUCCCUCACCCCUCUCCCCCAACCCUCUCCCCCACACCUAUCCCCCAUCUCUCUCCCCCACCCGCUUGCCCCAACGGCCUCUACCCACCCGUCUCCCCUGCCCUGCUUUCCCGCACCUCUCCCCCACUCUCCACACGCCCCACCCUCACCCCUCUCCGCCACGCCUCUCUCCCAACACUUCCCUAAACCUCUUUCCCAAUCCUUUCCCCCAAACCUCUCGCCCAACCCGCUCCCCAACCCCUUUUCCCCACGCCUCCCGCCUGUGCCUCCCCUCCACGCUUCCUUCCAACACCUCCCCCUCUCACGCCUUGGCCACACGCCUCUCCCCCACUGUCUUCCUCCCCCAUGCCCUGAUCCUGCUGGGAGGAGCCAGCUGGCGAGGAGGCAGUGGGAUCUAGUGGGUAGCGCAAGUCAUGGGGCCACCAUGCCAAAGCAUGCACCUCUCCUCACUCCCCAGAAACUCACCACCCAUCCUCAUACAUGCACCACCCUUUCCCACCUCUUCCAGCACAGCAUGGCAGGGCGCUAUGGGGUAAAGCUCUCCCCGCCCUACCUCCUCCCCGUCCCCCUGGACUGCCACGGCCCUGCCACUCGUUUCCAGUCUCUCAUGCUCCCCUGCGUGCAUUGUGAGAAUAAGGGGGGAGUGGGCUGGAGACAAGGCAGUGCUGGUGAGAUGGCGGAUAAGGGAGCGUGUGUGGGGGGGUAUAGUAUAAUGGUGGGAGGAAAGGGGGGCGAGAGAAAGGGAGGGGGGUAA